AUGUAUAUAGGACCCUAUGCUAUAGGGAAGAUUGUUUGUUUCAAGUGUGGCAAGGAGGGGUACUUUGCCAGAGACUGUCUUACACUCGUUGCUAGUGCUGCGGUUGCUCAGGUUGCACCACUUCAUAUGAUUCCUGUACAACCACCUGCACCUGCACCACCUACAGUGCCACCAGUUACUAGUAUAGUUUAUAUCUUUGAUCGUCAGCAGUCGGACCGAGCUCCGAACCUUGUUCGUAGUACUAACUCUAUUGGUGAUCAUGAUUUUGAUGUAUUAUUUGAUUCUAGGGCGACACAUUCAUUCAUUGCGGGCCCAAAUGUUGUGGGGUUAGAUUUGCCCAUUUAUGAGCUUUCUCCACCUUUGCGGGUUACCACUGCCACUAGGGAUAAGUGCGAUACUUCAUUCAUCUAUCGUGAUGUGGCAUUUCAGUUGGAUGGCCGAGAUUAUUCGAUGGACCUUAUUUGUCUACCCAUGGUCAACAAGAUCAUCUUGGGUAUGGAUUGGUUGGCAAGGAACUGCGUGAUGAUAGAUUGUUGUGCCAAGAAAGUAGUAAUGUCCCCGUGUGAUUCUAUUACCAGUUCUUCUCCUUAUAUAUCAGUGUUUCAGGCUAGGAAGGAAGGAGCCUUUGGGUACCUUAAUGGGAACGCCAACAUCAUCUUCAUAAUCCAGAAUGAUGUAAUCAGCAUGAAAAAUGAAUUUGUCCACUUUGACUAA